AAUUCAUGUGGAGGUCAGAGUGAAAGCAGGUGUGAGUGGAAGCAACAGAAGGAGUCAUGGCUGCCAAAGUGUUUGAGUCCAUCGGAAAGUUCGGCCUGGCGUUAGCAGUUGAAGGAGGCGUGGUGAACUCUGCUCUAUAUAAUGUGGAUGCUGGACACAGAGCUGUCAUCUUUGACCGAUUCCGUGGCGUACAGGACAUUGUGGGAGGGGAAGGGACUCACUUUCUCAUCCCUUGGGUACAGAAACCAAUUAUCUUUGACUGCCGCUCUCGACCACGGAAUGUCCCGGUCAUCACUGGCAGCCAAGACCUACAGAACGUCAACAUCACACUGCGCAUCCUCUUCCGGCCAGUGGCCAGCCAGCUCCCUCGUAUCUACACCAGCAUCUGCGACGACUGUGAUGAGCGGGUGCUGCUGUCGAUCACCACAGAGAUCCUCAAGUCCGUGGUGGCUCGGUUUGAUGCUGGAGAAUUGAUCACCUACCUGCCUGCCGGCCAGUCCCUGCUCCUCCAGCUUCCCCAGUGA